AUGAACCAGGCGGCGCAGCAGCUCCACGCUCAACUCAUCAAGACGAGGAGGAGCGACCCUCACAGCGCCAACGCCGUGCUGAAGGGCUACGCCAAAGGCUCUCGCCCUCAGGAAGCACUCUCCUUCUUCUUCUUCUCCCUCCGGCAGCAGGUCGCCGGCACAGAACCAGACAGCUUCACCUUCCCUCUCCUCCUCCACGCCUGCAGCCGCUUACGGGCGAAGGGGCCAGGAAAGCAGCUCCAUGGGAACAUCGUCAAGCAAGGUCUGAGCAUGGACAUGUUCGUUCAGAACUCGCUCAUCCAUAUGUACGCCAGCUGCGGUGGAAUCCAAUGCGCCUUGAAGGUGUUUGAGAGAAUGUCCAAGAGGGACGUAGUCUCUUGGACCUCCAUCAUCGGCGCUGCCGCCGCCGCCGCCGAGGAGGGUUGCUCUGCCGUCGCCCUCCACCUAUUUGAUGAAAUGCUUGAGGAAGGAGUCGCUCCAAAUGAGGCCACCAUGGUGUCUGUUCUCAGAGCUUGCGCCGACUCAGGAACUCUGAGCACCGGCAGGAGAGUUCACCGGAUCAGCAAGAAGCUUAAGCUCGAGGUGAAGCUCCACGUCGCCACCGCGCUGGUAGACAUGUACGCGAAAUGCGGAAGCAUAGAGGAAGCUAGAGAACUGUUCGACCAAAUGCCUGAAAGAGAUGCCUUCGCAUGGACAGUGAUGAUCUCCGGGCUCGCCAGCCAUGGUAGAUCGCGAGACGCCCUCAGCUUGUUCCAUCGAAUGAGGGAGCUCGGGGUGACUCCUGAUGAGAGGACGAUGACGGCGGUGCUCUCUGCUUGCAGAAACGCCGGCAUGGUCGCCGACGGGCGGCGCUACUUUGAGGAGAUGAAGAAGAGCCAUGGAAUCCAGCAGAGGCUUCAGCACUAUGGAUGCCUGAUCGACUUGCUCGGCCGAGCAGGGAACCUGGAGGAGGCGGAGGAGUUCGCCAGGAGGAUGCCAAUCGAUCCCGAUCGGGUGAUCUGGAGGACGCUCGCUUGGGCGAGCAAGAUCCAUGGAGACACAGGGAGAGCAGAACGUCUGGUGAGGGAGCAUCUGCUAGGGCUUGGGUUUGGGGACAGCGGGAGCUUCGUUCUCCUUGGGAACAUCUACUCGACGGCGAGGAAAUGGGACCAGAAGGCUAGGGUUUGGGCGGCGAUGGGAAGUAGAGGAAUGAAGAAACCGCCGGCGAGCAGCAGGAUCGAGAUCAACGGCGAGAUCCACGAGUUCGAGGCCGGCGAUGGCCGGCAUCGAGAGGCGGAGAAGAUCUACCUGAAGCUAGAGGAGAUCGAAGAGAGGCUGAGGGAAGAAGGCCACCGCCCGCGGAUCUCGGAGGUUCUCCUCGACGUCGAUGAGGAGGAGAAGGCCUUCCAGCUUCGCCACCACAGCGAGAAACUCGCCGUGGCCUUCGGACUGAUCAGCUCGGGGCCGGGAGAGAAGAUCGUCAUCUUCAAGAAUCUGCGAUCCUGCGAAGACUGCCACGAGACGAUGAAGAUCGUCUCGAGAAUAUACGGCAGAGAGAUCAUCGUCAGGGACCGAGUCAGGUUCCACCGCUUCAGCCGUGGAACUUGCUCUUGUGGAGACUUCUGGUAG